AGUCGCGACUCCCGAGUAAAAAUUAGUAAAGAAAAUCUGAAACAGAAAGCGCAAAAUAAUUCCUUCUUUGACGAAAACGAAAUGCGUAAUUGAUGAUCUUCACAAAUUUGAUCUAAAUGCUUCAUCAUGUUCGUAGCUUCUCUCCCAUCGGAUUCAGCAAUGAAUGACCAGCAAAGUGACAUGCGAUCUGAUUCCAGUGUAGUUGUACAACCAGUUGCUGGUGCAGCGUGGAGAGGGAGGUUUAGUAUCCCCUGUCUAAAUUUAGACAUCCAUGUAGCUGCUCAUGUCUCCAGUAAAGCAUGCUUGAAAGUAUCGGAGGUAGCCAGUACAAUGCCCAAGUCAUUAUGCUUGGAAAUGGUUCCACGUAUUGAUACAUGGCCAGCAUCCUUUAAAGGUUCACCACCUACUGAACACAGUAUCGCGCUCUUUUUCUUUUCUAAGGGAAGAGAUGAAGAAGUUCUUGAUAACCUGGUGACUCAUGCAAUCUGCACGGACUUUGCUCUCAAAUCAAUGAUAGGAGAAGCAGAGUUGCUAAUAUUUACUUCAGUUCAACUGCCACAGAACCGUCACAGAUUGCAGGAGAAACCUUAUUUCUGGGGAGUUUUCAGGGGACAGCAAGGUUCUGUUUCUCCUCAAUCUGAUUAUGUGCAUGGUCAAACGUUAUCUCCAAACUCAGGCUACCCCAAGAGCUUUAACUUGAAGGGUUGUCCCGGAACCUUUCCAAGCAAGAACAGUCCUUUAACACAAUCAUCUAAAGCUGAUAGAAGAGGAAGACGUUUAGAUGAUGCUUGGCAACAUGCCAAGCCAUUGGACUUACUAAGACAAAAGGCAGAGUGCCGGUAUUGUGGUUUUGUUUCUUCACAUGGGGGCAUUUCACGCCUUAAGGCACAUUUAGGGGGAGGCAGCCCUGGACUCCGCCUACCAAGCUGCGAGAAUGUGUCUCUUGAAGUGAAAAAGGACAUGGCUGAGUGGUUUAGUGAAUGGGUAAAAAAUACAAAAGCCCUUUGGACGAAAGCAAUUAGAGCAGAAUCUGCAGGAUAUGUUGAUAAAAGGGGAGUAGUGUCUUGCUAUGCUUCUCAGGGACGUGCUAAGCCAAUAGAUGUACCGUUUCAGCUGACAGAUUGCAAAUAUCCAGGCGAUGAAUCUUUGCCUGGAGGUAUUUUACAUCAUAAGGUACAUUUAGGUGGAGGAUCAAAAAUGCAGCAGGAGGAUUGGUAUAAGUUGUCACCUGAAAUAAAAGGAAGCAUGUCUGAUUGGGUAAAAGAUUUGGCAGCCUCUAGGACGAAAAAAUCCAAAGCUGGUGAACAACCUGAGAGAAGGGGAAGACCGCUAGAUGAUGCUUGGGGCCAUGCAAAGCCAUUGGACGAUGCUAGGCAAAAGACAAGGUGCAAUCAUUGUGGCUUUGUUUCGACUUAUGGGGGCAUUUCACGUUUAAAGGCCCAUUUGGGUGGAGGAUCUCCUCAAAUGCAGCUGCAAAGUUGCCCUCAGGUUCCAUUAGAAGUUAAGAGAGUUAUGGAACAAUGGUUCAGUGAGUGGUCAAAAAACUCAGCAGCUGCUUGGACACGGAACUCUAAUGCAACUCCUGGCAGACCUUCCAAGAGGAGCAAGCUAGAUGAUGCAUGGGAACAUGCUAUGCAGCUUGAUGAAACAGGAGAGGCUUUAAGGUGCAAGCAUUGUGGUUUUGUUUCUAAAUGUGGAGGAAUUGCUCGGUUGAGGGCUCAUCUGAGUGGAGGUGAUCGCACAAUGCAGGUGGAAUGUUGCCCUAAUGUAUCUCCUGAAAUUAGAAAUUUGAUGGCUUCCGGGAAAAAGAAACUCAAGAAAAACUCGGAAGGUGUACCCCGGGUGACCUUUGCAGGCGCAUUUGAAGGGAUCCCGAGGACAUCAAGCGAAUUGCAAUCUGCUGACAAGAAACGCUUCGUUCUCGAAGAAACUCUCGAUGAGAUCUCGAAUACAGGUGUGAGAGGGAGACUGAAAAGAUUAAUAGAAGCAAAGAAUGCAAAGGUGGAAGAGAUGCAAUUUGAAGUGAGUUCACUUCAGAUGCAGUUAGCUUCAAUGCCAUAGCAGUCAGGCAACAUCUUCUUAUAUAUGUAGGCUAAUAUGACGACUACCUAGACCUAGUAACUUUGUACGAUAAAAUAUGUCAAAAGGAAAAAAAGUUUGCCAGUGUUCCAUAUCAAAUUGUUGGGGGUUGUGUCUGUGUGCUGCAGUGGUGUGAUGGCUAUUUAUUUUCUUUUCUCAUCUUUUAGCAUGUUCAUAUAAACUGGAGCUCUAUGUAUUUGUGGUUCAGUUUCUUUUUU